GGCCGGCGCGGGGCGGGGGCGCCGCUCCGACGUCUUAAAAGUUUUGGGGUGGCGGUGGUGGAGGAGGACGACUACGGGAGGCUCGGCCGGACCGGAGCGGAGCCCGAACUUCGCGGGCGCGGUGCGCCGCGCCCCGGCUGCCGCACCUGCUCCAGGGCGGCCGCCGCCGGGCGCCGCCCCGUUCUUCCCCCGGGCCGAGGCCGGGCCCCGCCGGGCCACCCCCGCCCCCCCUUCCUCUCCUCCGCGGCCGCGCCUCGCGCCUCACGCCCCGCCGGCGUCGCCCGGCGGUUAUUAACGGCUGCCUCCGGUGGGGAGCGGCCGUGCCCGGGAAGAUGGCGAGCUGCAGCCUCCGCCUGCUGCUCCUCGGUUACCUGGGGGUCCUGAGCUAUUGUAAAGUGUCUGGAACUUCCAUUGAAACGGAUAACAAAAACGUAAAAGCAGAGGAGUUUAAGGAGGCUAUUCUUAGUUGCAAGCACAAAUUUUCAAAAGGGAUGAGCUUAAGAAUAGAAUGGAAGAAAAUCCAGUCUCAAGGAGUCUCAUUUGUCUACUACAAUGGUGAAUUUACAGGUGAUCUUCGAGGCCGAGCAGAGAUGCUGAAUACAGGAAUCCGUAUUAGAAAUGUGACUAGAAGGGAUUCUGGGACCUACCGCUGUGAAAUCAGUGCAAAGAGCGAAGAGGGGCAACACCUGGGAGAGGCUACCAUUACUCUCACAGUACUGGUUGCUCCGACUACUCCGGUAUGUGAGGUGCCCAGCUCUGCAAUGACAGGAACGGUAGUGGAACUGAGCUGUAAGGAGACUGAGGGUUCUCCUCCAUCAGAGUACCAGUGGUACAAGAAUGGUGUUCCCUUACUGGAAAAGAGAGGAACAGACAGCGCUAGAGCAGCAAACAUAACUUACACCAUGAAUAAAAAGUCUGGCACUCUGCUGUUUAACACAGUUACAAAGAAUGACACUGGAGAGUAUUUCUGUGAAGCCUCCAAUGGGAUUGGAUUAUCUCAGAAAUGCUCAGUGAAGCGAAUGCAAGUUGAUGACCUGAAUGUAAGCGGUAUCAUUGUUGCUGUAGUAUUCGUGGCUCUGGUAAUGGCAUUGUGUGGCCUUGGAGUAUUUUAUGCCCAAAAAAAGGGCUAUUUUACAAAGGAAAGCGCUUCCCAAAAGAAGACCAACUAUCAAUCUACGAGUGAAAAGGAUUUCAAGCAUACCAAGUCCUUUGUUAUUUAGAAGAUUUCAGCCUCUGUGAGGGACAUCAAAUGACUACUUGUUAUACAAAAAUAUCGAAGGGAUCUUUUGACCUCUACACUGUAAAUAGUUUCCACAUACUACAUGCUGAAAACAGAAACUGCUGAUGUUUAGAUCUAGUCAACCUGUGCUUGCUUUCUUUUUUUAAAAAAAUAAAAAUAUACAAAAAAAACCCCUAACUUAAAGAUAGAACCACAUGGAAUAUACAA